GUCAGACAGAGUGUUAUGCUAACCUCUACAUCACAAACACACAGAACUAUAAAGAACAACAAACACGACACACAAAUGGUUUACGCAGCUCGGAGCUAAUUUUCCUACGUCUUCGAGGCCCACGUCCGUGUAAUAGCCUUCCCACUAUAUCACUGUAGAGUUUACACCCUCAAUAACAAUAGAAUCAAUCUAAGUAUCGAUCUAAACUCUAUAAUACAAUGGGAAUGCAACAGACUCGGUUUGUGCAUACAUGUCAAAGACUGAAACACUUCAACUUAUUUGUGACGUGUUACUGGCCUGUGCUCCAGUAUAACUCAGAUCUACUUCUGGAACGCUCCUUGAGAAUUCAGCGUAUUUGCUUGUUGUGUGUCACACUCGGUCAUCAUUGCGUAAGCAUUCUUCAGCAACACAGCGGCAUGAUGAUGAUGACCGAUCAACCAAGCUCGUAGUAAUAUGAUCUCUCUUGUCUCUCUUGCUAACUCUAUGUAUUUUCCCGUCAUCAAGAGAGUAGGUUGGCCGUAUAUUUAUACUUCUCUAAGAAGUCACCAACCCUAGCAGAGUCCUUGUGUGACACCACUACAACUCACAACGAAUCACAUUUAUUGAGAGUUAUAGCUAGUGCAAACUCUUUAGAGAAUAAACUUCCAUCAUGCAGCAGCUAUGCGUUUUUUCACUCUAUCCAGACUGCUUCUCGAAAUAUGUAAGCAUGGCGACCCAGAACCACCGGGACUAGUAGGGUGAUGGACAAGAGGCUACAGCUCUAUGAACCACACGGUUAAACCAACAACAAGAAAACUACUACUCAUGGAUUUUUUCAAAAAAUAAUGCCAACCAUAAAGACAUACACAAUGCUAAGGAACCAACAGGCUAUGGAAUAACAAAAUCUCCAGAUUCAAAAUCACGCAUUGGAGAAAAUUGUUGCUCUUGAAGAGGACAAUGCGUCUGAGACUCACUCUGGAACCGAAUCAAACAAUGUCUUAAUUCUUGAAUGUCAAUAGAGCCAAUCACCAAUUAUAUCGUGAACAAGAUAACAUUUGAAGAAAUGAUUGCAGAAGUACUAAGGUGAUGCUUCCUGAAGUCCCUCCAAGUCAACUUGUACAAAAGGUGGAACCGACCAAGGAGCAAGUCUUUGAAUCGCCUACACCCACUGCACAAGAGAAGUUGGAGGAAUUCAUGCAUUUGGCUGCACCUAUCCUCCUAACAUGUGUUCAACACAUGUCUCUAGAGAAACUUGUUCUGGAGAAAUCCAAGCCGACUGUCAACACCCUCAAUUCCGAUACUAUUGUUUGAUACUGAUCCUAUCCCAUCUAUAGAAACCCUCACUGCUGAAGUCUCACCGGAAGAUUCAGACGAAACUUUCUUUGACUCCCUACUUGACGGGUAUGACCAUUCUUACCGAAAGGAAAGUUAUAAUCAAAUGAGCUGGGACGAUCUUGUGAUGAGCAACACUGAACACUCAGGGGAAGGACUUUUCGUAAUCAUCGAUCCACCAACCGAAAUUCAGCUCAAUAGAAACAUGGAAUGUCACGACCUGGCACUGAAGGCCAAUGAUGUGGAUACACCGAGGAGACUCCCACCACCACCCAUCUAAAAGGAGUCUCCUCCAUAUUUCCUGUUGCCACCAAGCCGCAGGAACAAGUCAAGGAUCCUGGAAUUUGACCGUAAAAGAACAGAACAACAGUGGCAUAAUAAGAAGAGAGUCAAAAAGGCCGAGCUUUAAGACUCUCGGAUUGCUGGAUCAAUCAACUGAACCAUUGGUGUUCGGUCAAACAACCAGUCCACGAAUACCCUUUCAAUGGUCUUUGACUUGGUGUUGUUCACAAACAUAGGAAUCUUGUAACCUUUUUGUGAAGCCAAGCUAUGACCAUAGAUGGAUGUUAUCAAAUAUCCUCUCCCCCCACCUUGCUGGCGGUAACCCCUUGAUGAUUUGGCGUCGAAAGUCUUGAAGCUUUCUUAAUCCCCCUGACUUAUUGCCGUAUGGUUUUUGAUUUCAUUGUACACAUCCAACGAAAACGUGUUUUGGAUCUGAAAAGAAUCAAACGCAGAGUUCACAAGAAAGAUCGGGGAUUGGG